ACUGUUGUGCAGCAGAUCGGACGCUCCUAUGACUGCCAGAGGAAUCAUGGCAGGAGUACUGAGGACUGUCCUGUUGCUGUGGGUCCUCCAAGUCUCUGCUCAGGACCCAGAAUACGAUAACCUGCUGGUGAGACCCAGGAACAUGAAUAUUGAAAAGGAAGACUGCCCCAUCAACGUGUACUUCAUCCUGGACACGUCUGAGAGCGUUGCCCUAAAGGAGUUCCCGUGGGGCAGCGUGGUGGAGCAGCUCAAGCUGUUCCUGGAAAGCUUUCUGCUGAAGCUGCGCUCCACCACGCUAAGAGCCAAGGGGGUGGUGUGGGGCUACGGGGGGCUACAUUUCUCGGACCAUGUGGAGGUCUUCAGCCCGAUGACCAUCGAUCCAGUUCUCUUCCUGGAACAGGCCAACAAAAUCAGAUACAUAGGCAGGGGUACCUACAUUGAUUGCGCUCUGACCAACAUGACGGAGCAGUUGAGGCUGGCCGCCAGGGGAAAGCCCCGCCUCCAGUACGCCGUGGUUCUGACCGACGGCCACGUCACCGGAAGCCCCUGCGGAGGCGUGUCGCGGGCCGCGGAGGCCGCGAAGGCCGCGGGCGUCAAGAUCUUCGUGGUGGCCACGAGCGAGGAGCCGCUGGAGAGCGAGCUCAAGCAGGUCGCAAGUUCUCCAUCGGAGCUCUAUAGGAAUAACUACACGGCCUCGCCGCCGAGGAACAGAGAGGCCGCAGUCCGCAGGAUAACCGACACAAUGAUCAAAGAAGCUGAAUUUCAGUGCGGCGUUCCUCUGUGUAUCCAAACCAAGGGAGCCGUAGGCCCAAAGGGGUACAAAGGAAUGAAGGGUUCGAAGGGAACCGGUGGUGCCAUUGGGGAACCUGGGGAGCCCGGUCCACCGGGAGACCUUGGUAUUGAAGGCCCAAUUGGUUUAUCUGGGGAGAAGGGUGUUCCAGGCCUCAAAGGAGGGAAGGGAGAUGCUGGAUGGUCUGGUUUCAAGGGUCAAGGUGGAUCUCCUGGCUAUGAUGGAAUGGAUGGUGAUAAGGGGAAGGCCGGCAUUAUUGGCAAACCUGGAUGUAAAGGAGAUGCCGGCGUGCCGGGAGAAGCCGGUUCCCCCGGUGACUUUGGUGUGAAGGGUGAGGCGGGCGAACCAGGCGAAAAGGGUGUCUCUGGGCAGCCGGGCAGACCUGGACCCCAGGGUCCUCGCGGAGAUCAAGGCAAUAAGGGUGUUCUGGGCUACAGAGGAAACCCUGGUCUAGUUGGACUAAAAGGAGCCAAGGGUCGAAUGGGGCCUGAUGGGAAACCUGGAAACACCGGUAGCAGAGGGGACCGUGGCAAAGUCGGAUCACAAGGCAAGACUGGCAAGAAAGGAGAAAAGGGAGAACUAGGCUCUGAGGGUGUGAGUGGAGGACCCGGGGAGAACGGCACGAAAGGAGUGACGGGAACUCCAGGCUACCCGGGAGCGCGUGGUCCACUGGGUGAGAAUGGAGAAUUAGGACUUGUGGGUCCUCGCGGGGACCCAGGGGAGUUCGGGCCUCUAGGAGAUUCUGGACUGGCUGGGCCCAAGGGAGAUCAAGGAAAAGAUGGAUAUAAUUACCCAGGACCCAGGGGACCUCAGGGAGAAAGAGGAGAUCCAGGUUUACUUGGACUGCCGGGCACCAGAGGUUAUAAUGGAGAAAAAGGAACUCAGGGGACCAAAGGAGCUAAAGGAUUGUCAGGGGGGCCCGGAGAGGGGGGGGUCCCUGGAGACAGAGGGGAGAGGGGUUUGCCUGGACAACCGGGAACCCCUGGUCAUCGUGGGAAUCCCGGUCUGGCUGAAUGUGAAGUCAUGGAAUAUGUCAGAGAAACAUGCGGCUGCUGUGAUUGUGAAAAGGUUUGCCCUCCAAUCGACCUCGUGUUUGUGAUUGACAGCUCAGAGAGUAUUGGAAAAACAAAUUUCAGUCUGGCUAAAAACUUUGUCAUCAGUGUAGCAAACAGGCUUGGGAAGAUGGCAAAAAAUGUCUCUGAAGUCUCAGGGCCUCGUUUGGGCGUGGUCCAGUACAGUCACAGAGGAGCAGUUCAGGCCAUCAGGUUGAAUGACAGGCGCAUCACUUCUGUGACGUCAUUCAAGGCCAAGGUCAAAGCCAUGGACUGGAUUGCUGGAGGCACCUGGACUCCCUCUGCCUUGAAAUACACCUACGACCAGCUGAUAGUUCCAGGCCGCAGGGGAAGAACUAAGACAGUGGCUAUCGUCAUCACAGACGGACGUUACGACCCAAAGGACCUGGACAACCUUGGGGCCCUGUGCAACGGAGUGGAAGUGUAUGCCAUCGCCAUCGGGGACAUGUUUGACUCCGGGGCGGAGAAGCAGAAUCUGGUGAAGAUUGCCUGUGAUAUGGGCGACCGGGUGAAGACCCUGAGUGUCUAUGCUGAACUCACUGCUGAGGAGUUCUUAGAGGAAAUUGAACAAAUCCUUUGCCCAGAACCGGAGACUAUCUGCCCAGAUGUGAAGUGUACCUCAGGUCUGAGUUUUGCUCCACUGACCCAGCGGCCUGUAGACAUCAUGUUCUUCAUCGACGGUUCUGAAAGAACCGGGAAACAAAACUUCUUCAGAGCCAUAGAAUUCAUAGUGAAAUUAUCUGAAAUGAUCCCCCUCUCCCAGACGCCAUCCUCAGGAGCUACAUUUUUCUUGGUCCAGUUUGGAGGGGAGCAAGACCCGGACGUUCUACUGGACUCCAACAGCCGGAGAAGGAUCAGCUCUUGGGUCUCGGAGGCGGCGUACCGUGACUCAACCUCCACUCUGGGAAGUGCUAUUCUCUACGUCACAGAUAAACUUGCUAAACCUGAAGGUCCAUUUCGAUCGGUGCGGCCGGACGCAGAACUCUUAUUUGUGUUCAUUACAGACGGCGUGACCUCUGAGAAGAACUUUGACGACGGCAUAACAGCGAUGCGGCGCGCUAACGCUGUCGGUGUGGCCAUCGCUGUGGGUUCUGAUAUCGACCGGGAUCGGCUGCUGCAACUCACUCUCGGGGAAAAAGGGCUCAUCUUUAACCUGAAGAGUUAUAGUGACAUGGCCCUUCCUGGCGUUGUCAAACAUUUUGCUAAUUGCCUUGGUUAA